UGUCAUCAUCGCUCGUACAAAGCCUACAGGGAAGUUGAGACAAGUGGCGGAGCCUACUGGAGCAAAAAAAAUACAUUCAAAAAAAUCUAAUGUUUCACUAAUCCCGCCAGACAUCAAAGUGCGUAGUUUUGUUUUGUUUUUUCGGGGGGGACUCUGUCAGCAGCAUUAGACAGCGGCGUCGUCUCUUGGCUGGCAUCCACAACAGGAAGUGUGCGGAAAAAGCGACAUGGCAAGUAGAGGCGGAGCUACCCGACCCAAUGGGCCCAACGCCGGCAACAAAAUCUGCCAGUUCAAGCUCGUGCUGCUGGGGGAGUCGGCGGUGGGGAAGUCAAGUCUGGUGCUCCGCUUCGUCAAGGGACAGUUCCACGAAUUCCAGGAAAGCACCAUUGGAGCCGCUUUCCUGACUCAGACAGUCUGCUUGGAUGACACGACGGUCAAAUUUGAAAUCUGGGACACGGCCGGUCAGGAACGCUACCACAGCCUGGCGCCCAUGUACUACAGAGGUGCCCAGGCCGCCAUCGUGGUCUAUGAUAUCACCAAUGAGGAGUCGUUCGUGCGAGCAAAGAAUUGGGUGAAGGAGCUCCAGAGGCAAGCCAGUCCCAACAUCGUCAUCGCGCUCGCCGGUAACAAAGCCGACCUGGCCAGCAAGCGAGCACUCGACUUCCAGGACGCACAAUCGUACGCCGACGACAACAGCCUGCUCUUCAUGGAGACGUCAGCAAAGACCUCCAUGAACGUCAAUGAGAUUUUCAUGGCCAUCGCCAAGAAGCUCCCCAAAAACGAGCCCCAGGCAGCUAGCGCCGGCGGCGGGCGAAACCGGGGAGUAGACCUGACCGAGUCCGCCCAACCCAGCAGCCGCACCUGUUGCAGUAACUAGGAGGGCCGCCCGUGGUCUUGGUUACCACACACACACACAUACACACACACACACUUUGUUCCUCACCACCCCAGUCCAAAAUAGCAAAAGACUUUGUAUAGCUGCAUUUCUAAAAUCUUUUGUUCCUCCUCUUUCUUUUUAAACAAGUGUACAUCAGUAUAAAGGAUGCAUGUUAUCACUACAACGCCUGAAGUAAACUAACUCACCAACACAAACGCUCCUUGCCCACAAAAUGGCUCUCACCGUGACAUGCCCCCGCCUUUUUCCCCAGUUCCAAAAGGAGGGAAUUUUAAAUUUUUUUUUUUUGCUUCCUGGAGGAUUCAUGGAUCAUUUCCCCCUUCCCCUGAGUCAACACCGCACGUGUAGAAAUGACCACGCAACGAAAGAGAUUUUGAACAAAUGUACAGUUGGUUUUGCUUUUUAUUUUAUUUUUUUUAUUCAUUCUCUUCUUGUCUCCAACUGGUAAAGCUGUGGUGUUUCUUUUUUUUUUUUAAUAAUUCCAAUUAGCUCUGUGUAGUGUUAUUAACAAAAACAAUGACAAAAAAAAAAUCAACUCUCUGGUGUCACGUUGGAAAGGAACUUUUAAUCGCAUUGCACAGUGUUGAUCAUCAUGUCUUCAUUUUAUACGAGCGAGUGCUUGUGACCCGCUAACGGCUCGAUGGGUUUUAACCACGCGACGGGCCUAAUCGGUUUUUGAGUGUCUGAAUACAACUUAAUAAAUUCAAUAAAGAUUGAAUCUCUUGUA